AUGUCAAGCUUCACUACUUCACGUAUUUCUUUUGUUCUACUGUUUCUGCUAUUAGCAACAGCAUUUGACAGAAGCGUGGAUGGUACAAACUCGGUGGUCCGUUGCAAUGAAAAUGAUAAAAGGCUGCUCUCGAUCUUCAAACAAGGAGUGGUAGAUGCCAAAAACCAACUCUCCUCUUGGGCUGUUGAAGAUGAUUGCUGUUCAUGGGUGGGAGUUCACUGUGACAACAUCACAGGCAGAGUUACAGAGCUUGAUCUUUUCAAUCAUGCAUUAGGAGGUGAGAUAAGCCUAUGUCUGCUUCGAGUUGAAUUCCUCAACUACUUGAAUUUGAGCCGGAAUAAUUUUGAAACUGUGAGAGUGUCACCAUGCCAGAUCUCCAAAUCUCUUGUUGAUGGACACAAAUUUGACAACCACUCACUUGCUACUCCUUCUAAUCAAUCAGAAAAUUUUUCUGUUUCUCUACGCUUUCUUGACUUUUCUGACAAUUUUAAGUUAGUCAUAAGUGAUCUUCAUUGGCUUUCUCAACUUACUUCCCUAAAAUAUCUUGACCUCAGCGGCAAUGAUAUAGGAAAUGAAACCAAAUGGCUCCAUUAUAUGGCCAUGCUUCCUUCGCUCUCUGAGUUACACUUGAGAUUUUGUCAAUUGAGCAAUUUUCCAUCCCUUGAUUAUGCCAAUUUUACAUCACUUGAAGUUCUUGAUCUCUCUUUAAAUGACCAUCUCAGUGCAAAAUUACCUGAUCCGUUCUUUAAUAUCACCAAUGAUAUCUCUAAUCUUGACCUUAACGCCUGCAAUUUCUAUGGGCAAAUACCGGAAGCCUUGUUCAAGCUUCGAAAACUGAAAAGCUUGAGGUUGAAAUUCAAUAAUCUCGAAGGAUCAAUUCCUGAAUGGUUAGGUCAACUUGAACAUUUGCAGGAAUUUGAUAUCUCCAGUAAUUUGUUCUCUGGUUCAAUUCCAUCUUCUCUUGGAAAUCUUUCUGAUUUAACUAUCUUAGGAUUGUCUUACAAUCAAUUGAGUGGCAAUCUUCCAAUAAGCCUUGGGCAACUCCAAAACCUAAAUAUAUUAUCCAUUGGUGGCAAUUUCUUCAUCGGUGUUCUUUCAGAAAAGAAUUUUGCCAAUCUCUCAAAAUUAUCUUAUCUAUACUCUAGUUCAAAUGGUUUCAAAUAUUUCUUUGAUCCUAAUUGGGCCCCACCAUUUCAACUUGAUUUUUUGAAUUUGGGUAACACAAGUUUAGGCCCUAAUGUUCCAACAUGGAUAUAUACACAGCGGUCUCUAAAAUCACUACAAAUGUAUGAAUCAAGGGCGAUUUCUUGCAAGGGUAGAUAUGGUCGACCUAUCAUACAACUUGAUUGA